CAUUCAUCAUGUUGAUAUAUCUAGGGCCACUCAAAGAAUAAUCAUCAAAUUUUAUGUUGAAAAAAAAAGAUCAUUUAAGGUGAUUUCGUUGCUGUAAAAAAAAGGGUUGUUAUGAAUAUAACUCAAGCUUAUCGUUCUCUGGCGCACGUGACGUCCAUGCAGACGUGAGAUGUCUUGGCCCUCUUCUUCUCUGUCUAUACUUCUCUUCGUGCCAGAUUUCAGCCAGAAUGGCCGGCAGCGGCAGUGGUAAAGGUCUGCGCUAUGACGGUAGCUCCUCCACGUAGGGCCGCGAGCAGGAUAACGGCUGUCAGUCAGAUUAACAAGGCCAACUUCAGCAAGAUCGAAGAAAACAAGAAACUGUCAUCACCCAGGAAGGGCCAUGCUGCCAUUCUGUUCUCUCUGAAGAAUGAGGUCGGAGGCCUGGUGAAGGCUCUCAAGCUCUUCCAGGAAAGUCACUUCAACAUCGAAGCUCGUAAGCGGCGCAACUCUGAGUUUGAGGUGUUUGUGGACUGCGACAGCGACCACCAGCAGCUUAGAGAGGUCAUUCAGCUCCUGCAGAAGCAUAUGAACCUGCCUGAUAUGGACCUCAAAGAGAACAUCAGCCUGCCGGAAGAUGAUAUGGACGGGGUCCCUUGGUUCCCCAAGAAGAUUUCCGAUCUGGACCACUGUGCCAGUCGGGUUCUGAUGUACGGCUCAGACCUGGACGCAGAUCAUCCGGGUUUCAAAGACAAUGUGUAUCGUAAGAGAAGAAAGUACUUUGCAGACCUUGCCAUGGGCUACAGACAUGGUGAGUCAAUCCCGCAUGUGGACUUCACGGAGGAGGAGGUGCAGACAUGGGGGGUGGUGUACCGGGAGCUGAGCGCGCUCUACCCGACGCACGCCUGCCGCGAGUACCUGAAGAACCUGCCCCUGCUCACCCAGCACUGCGGCUACCGCCCGGACAACAUCCCACAGCUGGAGGAUGUGUCACGCUUCCUCAGAGAGCGUACUGGCUUCACCAUCAGACCAGUGGCUGGUUACCUGUCUCCGCGUGACUUCCUGGCUGGCCUGGCGUUCCGUGUGUUCCACUGUACCCAGUAUGUGCGCCACAGAUCUGAUCCUCUAUACACCCCUGAGCCGGACACGUGUCACGAGCUUCUGGGUCAUGUGCCCCUGCUGGCUGAGCCCAGUUUCGCCCAGUUCUCCCAGGAGCUCGGACUCGCCUCCCUUGGAGCCUCCGACGACUCUGUCCAGAAACUCGCCACCUGCUACUUCUUCACAGUGGAGUUCGGCCUGUGCAAGCAGGAGGGACGACUCCGAGCGUACGGAGCCGGCCUGCUGUCCUCCAUCAGCGAGCUGAAGCAUGCUUUAUCUGGCAAAGCAAACAUCCUGCCCUUUGACCCCGACGUCACAUGUAAGCAGGAGUGCCUCAUCACCACCUUCCAAGACGUCUACUUCCUGUCUGGGAGUUUUGAGGAAGCCAAGGUCAAAAUGAGGGAGUUUGCGAAGACGAUCAAGCGUCCGUUCAGCGUGCGCUACAACCCCUACACGCAGAGCGUGGACGUGCUGAAGGACAUGCCCAGCAUCAACAGCGUGGUGGAGGAGCUCCGCCACGAGCUGGACAUCGUGGGCGACGCGCUGCAGAGGCUCAACCAGCACAUGGGCGUCUGACCACCACAACGCACCCCCAUACCUGUACCCCAAAAUACCUGGGCGUCUGACCGCCACAACGCACCCCCAUACCUGUACCCCAAAAUACCUGGGCGUCUGACCGCCACAACGCACCCCCAUACCUGUACCCCAAAAUACCUGGGCGUCUGACCGCCACAACGCACCUCCAUACCUGUACCCCAAAAUACCUGGGCGUCUGACCGCCACAACACACCCCCAUACCUGUACCCCAAAAUACCUGGGGGGCAUAAAACACCUGGGGAUGUGGUGACCCUGCGGUCCUCUACCCUACACUGAGAUCUCCCCCAUCCCAACAUCUACCCCACCCCUAUUUCUACCCCACCUUGAAAUCUACCCCACCCCGAGAUCUACCCACCCCGAGAUCUACCUGCCCGGAAGUCUACCCUACCCCAAAAUCUACCCAAUCGGAUACUGAGCAGCCUGGGCGUCCAUUGGGGUCAACCGGUUUAUUUAUUUCUGCUUCCAAUCCCACCAACACACCAUCAGCACUUGAGGAUGUUAUAAAAGCUAUCUACCUACAAAAACACAUACUUUAAUGCAUCAUCAGUAAACACAUACACAUAUGGUACACAGUCAUCAGUAAAAGCCUAUAUAAUACUUUCCUCUUUACUGUGUACUAUUUUGUACUAUUGGGUGGCAAAUAUCUAAGCACCUUUGCUACCUCUUCCUCCUGUUUCUCCCCUGUGCCACCCUAAUGCCCGCCAAUACCCACCUCAUACCACUCUAAUACCCCCCAUACCCACCUCCUGCCACCCUAAUGCCCACCCUUCAUACCCACUUCAUGCCACCCUAAUGUCCCCCAUACCCACCUCAUUUCACAGUAAUGUCCCCCAUACCCACCUCAUUUCACAGUAAUGCCCCCCCAUACCCACCUCAUUUCACAGUAAUGCCCCCCAUACCCACCCCAUGCCACCGUAAUGCCCCCCAUACCCACCCCAUGCCACCGUAAUGCCCCCCAUAACCACCCCAUGUCAGCGUAAUGCCCCCCAUACCCACCCUAAUGCACCCACAUGUGUGCCCACCUCUAUCUAACAGCUCUGUGUCCACACAUGUACCCAUGCCUGUGCCCAGCAUCACCACCACCCUCCACACACACACACACACACACACACACACACACACACACACACACCUUUGCCAAAGAAUCACUGAGCACCAAAGAUACUCAGCACAGGUCAAUCAGUGUGUUCCACGUGUUUAAUGUGUGUAACUAAUCGUGCGCUUGUCUGUCCUGCAGUCUGUCUUUCCAUGGAAUGUACUGAUGAGAUGUUGAUGUUCAAUGAAAAAGAAUAAAAUUAAAGACAUAUGAACCAGUGAA